AUGGGCAAAGAAAGGGAGAACAUCGGGUUUUCUUCUUGGAAUGAAACAACGGUCAUGUGGAACAUGGAUGACUAUCCGAUCCCUGCUGAUAUCGAUGAUCUUGUUUCAAUACGUAUUAAUAUCGAAGAAGCUCUUGGUCGAUUAGGCUAUCUUGGAUUUAAGCUUGUCAAUGUGCAUUGUAAGCAUCUCGAGUGCAACAAAAUAGAAGAGUUGAGGGAUGCCGGAAUAAUCUACUUACCCCCCAUCUAUAAGAGCGUGCAUGGAUGA